CCCAUCCGCCUGUCGGGCCGCGUCAUCCACGGCUUUGGACGGGGCAGCAAGAAGCUGGGCGUGCCCACCGCCAACCUGCCGCCCGCGCCGCUGGCGCAGCAGCUGGCGGAGCUGCCCGCGGGCGUGUACUUUGGCUGGCCGGAGGCGGACCGCAGGGUGCACAAGAUGGUGAUGAACAUCGGGCGGCGGCCCACCUUUGGCGACGCCGAGCCGGAGCUGAGCGUGGAGGCUCACGUGAUGCAUGCCUACAGCCAAGACUUUUACGACCAGCCGCUGCGCCUGGUGGUGCUGGGAUACAUCAGGCCCGAGGUGAAGUUCGGCGGGCUGCAGGAGCUGCUGGCGCGCAUUAACACCGACAUAGGCAUCGCGCGCAGCCAGCUGGACCUGCCGCAG